AUGGCGGAUCGGUACAUCCGCAAUCCAUUUGAACACAACUACAAAGAGCAGCCUCUCUCGACGGGCGAUGAGAUCAGCCGCUGGCUCGACUUCAACCUCGCCAAAAUCCGCGACGGACUCGGCAGCGUCAAGGAUUUCGCCAAUGAAAAUGGUUUGUGAACAGUUUGAAAAAAGAAAAUUUUCAUCCAGUAUUCCUUCCAGUAACUCUGAUAGUUAAAAAAAAAACAGAUUGGACCAGUUAUGUUGAUCCAUUGACCCCUAAAGUGGCCACUAAAAAUUUUUAGUGGCUUGGUAGUAGCACUUAGACUUCUAUAGUGGCCACUAAUUUUCAACCCCUUAAGAGGCCGCUAAUUUGACUACUAUGGUGGCCACUAAAAAUUUUCCCAAAAUUUGACUAGCCGGACCGUGUUUGAUUGAGGUCUCGCUGAUAAACCGGGCCGGUUCAGGCUUAGAAUACUGUCGGAGGGUAGAUAAGCUGACAAAUUUGCGCCAGCGCACUCUUUUUUUUUUAGUAUUUUUCAAAUUUUUUUUUCCCAUGUGCGAGGCCUGUGAGUUAUUUUUUUUCUCUCUGCGGAAUUUUUAGGUUCUCUCCAAAAGCUCGAAUUAUAACACUUAAGAUUAUGACGUGUACACUGGCAUCGGAGGGGUUUAUUGGGCGCUGAAACGAUGCGAAAAGAUGUGUCCCGGGCUCUACGACGAGUCCAACUACCAACUCAUUCAGGACGUCUGCAGCGUCUGUGAACCUUUCAUCACAGGUAAAAUGCCUUGCGAGGGAUUUCAUGGAUGUUGUUGAGGCAAAAGAAGAACAAAAUCAUGGUUUCCUUGGAGUUUCAUGAGAAGAAAAACACGGGGUGAGCAAUAAAUUGAAAGAAAAGGAGUUUUUUGAAGGUUUUCACUACGUGUCUUGGCUCCUGUUCUAUAUUAAUUUAUCCAAAUAGUUGAUUUGAAUAAGAAUUCACCCAAUCAAUAAUUUUUUUAGUAAAAUUCGAGGUUAAUUACUCCUUUAUAAUUUUUUUUCUCGGCAUGUUUGUUCGAAAAAAACGACCAUUCGAUCAUCUUUUUUUUCUACAAUUGUUGAUUUUCCAAUAAACUAUAAAACUAUUUUCCAAGUGAUUAGUUUCCCAGGAGCCGAAAAAGUCGAUCGCCAAUAUCUGACUGGCAACUUGGCGACGAUCGCUGUCAUCGGAAGCGAGUCCGGACUUAUAACUCCGGACGAUUCAUUCAAAAUCCUGCGCCAAACUGGUGAAACGUUGCUAAAGGUGCGAACCCGAUGAUAUUCCGAAAAUUCAUCGUUUUUUUCUAGUUAAACAGUGGGAAGGGAGACGACGAGUUAUUCGUGGGGAGGGCUGGAUGGCUAGCCGCUGUUCUUCAUCAAACGUAACCUUUUUUCUCACAUAUGACACCGAAUUCAUUUUUUCUUUUGAUAAGAAAAUAUAUUUCAGAGAUGAUGUCCAGAAAAAACUGGAACAGAUGGUCCGCGACAUUAUCCUCGUUAUGAUCAAUGAAGGACAGAGAAUAUCAAAGUGAGUUUUAAUCCAAAAAUAAACAGGAAAGCCCAUAAUCGGCAGGUUUCAGAAGAUGACCAAAGAAGUUUUUAGGAAUUUCAGAAAUUGGAAAAAAUAUUAAAUAUUCUUUGGCUUUAUUUUGUUCAGAUUUCUGAUCAUUUGAAAAAAAGGAGUUUAAACUAUCAUUUUAAAACAUCUGGAAAAACCGACAAACUUAUUUAUUAUUCCAUGAUUUAACAGAGAAUCUUCUCUGAAGACUGAAUGAAUGUGUAAAAUUUAUCUGGAAAAAGAAAGUUUCGAGAAUUUGCGUCUCGCAGUCUUUCAGAGCAUCGAUAAACAAGUAAACCUAAUUUUGAAGUUCACUUAUUCAUUUUUAGGAAAAUUGAAAAAUUGUGGAUGAUUUUUGAGUAAGAAGAAAAUUAUUUAAUAAGCUCCUUUUCACGGCCAAGUCAGUCAAUUAAAUCUCUGACAGGAAAUUACAAUGAGAACCGUAUUUUAUUGUAUCGAAAAUCAGUGCUGAGUAGAUAAGUUAAAAUGAAGUUUAAGUGAAAAAAUCAGCAGAGUAACGACUAAUAAAGAAGUCUAUUAGUCGAAGAAAAUGAAAAUUCAUUUAUAUCAUUGAGUAACUGUAUAGAAUUCUUCUAACAGUGAGACUCUCAGGGAAGUGAAAGCCGCAAACGUAGAAAGUGUGCCGCCACUCAUGUACUCCUACCACGGCACUUUCUACAUCGGCGCGGCUCAUGGAUUGGCCGGAAUCCUCACAAUUCUUCUUUCGUGAGUUUGAAAAAGAAAAAAUUAUGAGAUGUAGUCACGCACUUGAUUUUAUUGUAAGAAACUCUUAGAGGUCAUAAAACUAAUGUUUAGUUUGAAUUCUCUUAAUUUAAAAUUGUAUGAAUAUAUUUGAAGAUUCUGAACUGGAUUGUAGAAGAAACGUCCUCAUCAAAGUUUUCCUUUGAGAUUUCACAAGAUGAUGAACAGCGAGGCGAAGAAGUUGGUCGUCGACACGGCUCGUUGGGUUUUUGGCCUUCAGGACGCCGAAGGCAACUUCCCGUCGUCAGUUUGGGGUCGAGAGCAGUGAGAAUUUAGUAUUUUUUGAGCGAAAAAAAAAAAGUUUGCUCUAGCGAGCUCUUGUUGAACAUUAUCUCAAGUUUGCGGUGAAUGAACUAUAGUUUAGUAGUUAUAUAAAAGGGAAAAGAAUUUUUUCUAGAAAAUCAAAACUGUUAUGAAAAUUUUUCAAACUAUUUUCGAGCUCUCGUGAGACGUUCGCUGUACCAAAGAAAAUUUUCAAAUAAGAUUUUGGGAACUUCAUCGAAUAAAUGAUUAGUUUAUCCGAAGAAUGUCGUGAUAAAUUUUUUUAUCCCCGCUGAAAACGCAUCGCGACCGUUUUGCAGGUCAAAUGUAAUCCCAACUCUUUCUAAAUGUGGAAUAUCAAAUAUAAAACUUGAAGGGUCAGGUUUUUCAGCAAGACGAAUAAUUUGGUCCACUGGUGCCAUGGAGCAACUGGAGUCUCGCUUCUGGCGAUGAAACUCUACCUCGUCGAUGAGAACGAAGAAGAUCUGCAAGUGGCGCGCAGAGCUUUGCAGUGUCUCUGGACCCGAGGCGUUCUCCGCAAGGGAAACGGUCUUUGUCACGGCGUUUCCGGAAAUGGUUGGUGCUUCAGAGAUCCCAGUUUGGAAUAAGUGUUGCCAUGAUAUAGUCCGUUUUUCUGCGCCUUGCAAGGGAUUUCUCUGCGCCCUCCUCGUCUCUCGACGACCCUAUCUUUUUGACGCGCUAUUUUCGCGUUUCUGUGACCUCGUCGGUGAAGGAACAGAGAGACUCAGACACUCGAAAACUGACUAUGAAUUAACCUCCAUUUUUCACUGUUCAUUAGUUCAGCCUCUCAAUUUUUCUCUUUUAAACUAUUCAAAAGCAAUAAAACACAAGUUCUACUUCAGGCUAUCCAUUCCUGCUGAUGUACCGACUGUCCGGCUGUGAACAGACCGAAUAUCUACAGAAGGCCAACUGUUUCGCGCAGAUGACGUGCGACGAAGCCGUCGAAGCGGCUCAACGCGUCCCCGAUUCUCCUUUCUCGCUUUUCGAAGGCCUGUCUGGCGCCGUCGCCUUUCUCGUCGACAUUCAUCAUCCCAAAUAUGCAGAGUUCCCAUUUUUCCCCAUCUUCAGAGAGUUCAACUACUAG